UCACUACACGGACAUCACUGAAUAGUGCGCAUUGUUUGCAGUCGCCCUCAAGAGUGGGCUUUUGGCAUCAGGUUCUCAGUGAUUGGUUGACAAUGACAGACACUGUGAUGGGCACUAAAGGUGUCCACGUGCAAUCUGGACCCGGUCUUGGUGCUGACCUGACUGAUGAGGAGAAGGAGAUUAUCAACAACGUAAUUGCCCGUGCUGAAAAGAUGGAGACGAUGGAGCAAGAGAGGAUUGGACGUCUGGUGAAUCGUCUGGACAACAUGAAGAAAACAGUUUGCGGAGAUGGUGUUUCUCGCUGUCUGUUGUGUGGAGAGCAGUUGGGUGCAGUUGGUGUGAGCUCAGUGGUUUGUGAGGACUGCAAAAAGAACAUGUGUACCAAGUGUGGAGUGCAGACUAACGCUCGGCCGCGGUCUGUGUGGCUCUGCAAGAUCUGCAGUGAACAAAGAGAGGUAUGGAAGCGAUCUGGAGCCUGGUUCUUCAAGGGUCUCCCGAAACAGUUCUUACCCUCACCAAUGCCCAUAUCCCGACCCAAAGAGCCCAGUCCACAGCGGACUCCUGCUGCUCACCCAGCUGCUAUGCAAUCUCAAGCACAGGUUGCAGGUUCAAUGGAGAGUCAAACCUCUGCUCGAAAGUCACAGAUUGCAACUCCAGAGCCAACAAGGAAUCCAGCAAUCACUCCAAAACCACCCGUGACUCCAAAACCUGCCAACAUUCAGUCCCACUGUUCAACAGAGGCUGAUGGAAGCUCCCAGAAGUCUCCAGUGGUGAUGAAGAAGACUGUGAAUGUUCAUGCUGCCAGACCGCUGUCAUCAGCCACAAACCAGCCAGCUGCUUUGGAAGCAGAGAGAGCAUUCUACCAGUCCAGUACUGUGCAGGAGAGAGAGCCCCCUGUAGAGAGGGAGGAGCAGCGGUCUGCUGUUUACAACCCUCCACCUGCCCAUCAUCAGAGCGCUCCAUCAGUGGACGAUGAAGAGGCAAACAGCUACGACUCCGAUGAAGCAACAACUCUUGGAGCGCUGGAGUUCAGUUUACUUUAUGAUCAAGGCAACAACAGCCUCCACUGCAGUAUUAUCAGAGGAAAGGGUUUAAAGCCAAUGGAUUCUAAUGGACUAGCAGAUCCAUAUGUUAAACUACAUCUGUUACCUGGUGCAAGUAAGUCAAAUAAAUUACGCACUAAGACUCUUCGGAACACUCGUAAUCCGGCCUGGAAUGAGACGCUGGUUUAUCACGGACUGACAGAUGAUGAUAUGCAGCGCAAGACCCUCAGAUUAUCAGUCUGCGAUGAAGACAAGUUUGGUCACAAUGAGUUUAUCGGAGAGACCAGAGUUGCCCUGAAGAAACUCAAGUUCAAUCAGAAGAAAAACUUUAACGUGUGUCUAGAGAGAGUUGUACAGACAAAGAGAACUUCGACUGCUGGUGGUGCCCGAGGAAUUGCCCUCUAUGAGGAUGAGUCGGGGAAGGAUGGAGGUGAGCAGGAAGAGAGAGGUCGUAUCCUGAUAUCCCUCAUGUAUAACACUCAGCUGAGUCGUCUCAUUGUUGGUGUUAUACGCUGUGUGCACUUAGCUGCCAUGGAUGCGAAUGGAUACUCUGAUCCUUUUGUCAAAAUAUGUCUGAAACCUGAUAUGGGGAAGAAAGCGAAAAACAAGACGCAGAUUAAGAAGAAAACGCUCAACCCAGAAUUUAAUGAGGAAUUCAGCUAUGAAAUUAAGCAUGCAGAGCUGGCCAAAAAGACUCUUGAUAUCUCGGUAUGGGACUAUGACAUCGGCAAAUCCAAUGAUUAUAUAGGUGGAUGUCAGCUGGGUAUCACUGCCAAAGGAGAACGCUUGAAGCACUGGUACGAAUGCCUGAAGAACAAAGACAAGAAGAUUGAGCGCUGGCACACUCUUCUGAAUGAAAACCAUAUCUCCAGUGAUUAGAGGAUUCAAGCUUUCUGCAUGCCUUAGACAAUUCACUUCCCUGAUCUGUACCUGCUCUUUUAGGUAACUAAAAUUCUCCUCCACUGAUUGCAUAUCUUUGGCAAAACUGAUUCUAUUCACAUCUGAUUGUCACCUGAGAUGCUUUCAAAAUAUUUGAUGAUGCCUGAAGCUCUUCUGCCCAUACAAUUAAUUCAUUUUAAUAUCACUGAUGUGCAAAAAAACUACUGCACGAUAGACCCCAGUCAGGGCAGACACUAUAUUUAAUCUGACAUGAAUUAAACUUUGAUGCUUUGAGGAUAGACGUACAGUCUGUUCAGUAUGUUGCACUCUUGUAUAACAACAACAGCAUGCAGCACCAA